CGGCCGCUAAACCGCUUUACGGACAGGGGUUUCCUGGCGUCAUGUAAGUGUAUGUUGCUGCUGCGGCUGUCCUUGUAAAGAUGUCCACAACAUGUGAGUGUUAAAAGCUGUCUGCUGGCUGUGAAGAUAAGAAAUAUGCUGCCCACUGACGUCUGACGCUAAACCACUGACAUGGCGUUUCGCCUCCUCAAGUACUCGGUGCUUCUUCAGAAGUACCGGACCCCGUUGCUCGUUGCGAGCUGUGGCGGGGUCUUUGCAGCCAACAUGUUCUACCACCUCUUCCCGGACAUGUCCUACCGUCAGCUGUAUCAGGCCUGGCACAAAGGAGAGCCGGUUACACUCUCUGAGAAGCUUGAGGAGGUUUUCCAGGAGGUGUUGAAGGAUUAUGGUAUCAGCUCAACCAAGAAUUUCUCUGCCUUCGCCUCCUUUGGUUUCCAUCCAGUCGGCGCUGGUGUCCCUUGGCUUCCCGCAGGGGCCCAAAUAGGCAUCCCAGCAAACUUUAACAGCACGACCGACAACUUGGGUGGAAUCACCAACCGUAGCAUUUUCAUCAACGGCAAAACGGUGGACUGGAGCAGCGAUGCUGGCUCUGAGCUAAAGGAGGCACUGAUGUUUUCCCCCGAGGCGCAGAAGUUUGCCAUAGCGCGAGAGGUUGCCCGCUUGCAGUCUGGAGGACCUGUCCUGAAUGCUGCUGUCGCCCCAUUCUGCCUGGGUGGGGUCUGGGUGUACAGUGUGGUGCUGAAGCAGGUGUUCGGGCUCCACACGGGGCCUCUGCUGCUUCGCGGAGCUGUGAACGUUCUAGCGCUGGGUCUUGGCGCUGUGUCUUACUUCCUCACCUCGGAUGCUGUCAGCCAGUGGAUUGACUACACCUCAGACAGACGUGCGGCUGGAGUGUCACGUGAUUACGCCAAAGGAGGGGUAGAGUUUUAUGAUAAGAUUCUUUCUAGAAACAAGACUCUGCGCUCUCUGAUGGGCCAGAAGGGAGAGGAGAUGUAUGCUCCCAGUGGGAACUUGUUUCCUGCUCACCUCCUUCAGCUGAAACACACUCCAUACACAUCCAGGAGGGAGGGGAUCCUUGCUCUGCUGAAAGAGGAGAAAGCUUGAAAAGAAACGGGCCUCACAUGAACAACUGUAACUGUGUUUGCCUCUGAAUAGACUGUAAUGGCAUGGAAGGGUCUCUGAGCUUUUUUUUAGCAGUUUAAAGUGAGUGUUAUUUUAUGUAACAUUUCAUGAAUCCUAAAGUGCAGAACAAUUCAAAUUACAAGAUAGUCUUGUAAACGCCCUGGGUGUCAAAUAUUUAGUGACCGGUGUGACUGGUGGCUAAUUCUUUACUCAGUGUACAAAUAAAUGACUGUAUUUUGAA